AUGAGCCACGUAGUGACCAUCGAGGAUCCCAAGGACAACCUUCAGGGGUCUCAAUACCUGUGCAGGGAGAGGUCAAGGCCCGGGGGUUACAUGUUCACCAGUCGAACGUACGAUUUCCUAUACGAUCCUUUAUUUAUUGUGUCAAGUGAGAAAGACCAUGCACAGGCAAACAUCCAAGCCACCCUGAUUCGAAGCAGACUGAGAAAAGUCCCCAGGUUUCAAAGCAUGUUCAGUAACCUGAUCCAUUACCCAAGCUAUUCUCUGUACUGGAACAACUCAGAUCCUGUCCCACCGUGUAUCAGUAGAGAGUGGCAGGGACACAAGGCUAAGCCGCGAGAAGCCCUCCUGCAGCUUGCUGCAACGAACGCUUCUUUUCAGAUGCCGAAAGAAGUUUAUGAAGAUCCUGAAGUUACUGGAAGGAAUCGCUAUAAAUACUUUGACAGGCCCUUCCUUCCAUUUGUUCAACAGGUACCACUCAAUGUUGUUUUUGCAGAAACCAAGAUAGCACCAUAUGUUUUUUCUCCUGCUACUUCUGGGUACCCACCCGUCCCUUCCAAGUCUACUGUGGGCACUCAGACUGACUAUCGUGAUGCCGAUGCUCAAACAGAUCCUUACUCUCCAGAAUAUGUAGUGUGUCAGGACACUAUCCCUGAGCUCUUGACCCUGGCUGCUCUGACGUGGGGGCGAGGUCUCCCAGCAGGACAGGCUGAGGUGGAGAUGAUAGAACGAGCUCGGGAGAAACGUGCUUGGGAAGCCAGUCUGCCGCCUCUGAGUGACACCUUCCAGUUUGAGAAGAGGAGGAAGAUGAUGAACGCUAUGGAGAGGAAGGAGUGGGCUUUCAGAGAACAAGAGAUUGAGAAACUGCAGGAAAUUCGCCUGGAAGUUUUGAAGGAGCUGCUGAAGAGGCGAGAGGAGAAUCAAAAGGAACUGAAUCUGAAACGCUUGAAUGCGAAGUGGUGUAGACUGCAGGAAGCAAAAGAAGCAAAAGUGGCACAAAUCCAGCGCAGACACGUGUCAACAAUCAGAAGACUUGAAGGGAAGGUAAAGAAUGUAGAAGGGAAGUUGGAGAGAAGAGAUAUCAUCAGGGAUUACUCUGAUUAUGCAUCACAGGUCUACGGACCUCUGUCUCGCCUUGGCCGCUUCCCAGACAACAACUCAGAGGACUUUGUAGUGAAAAACCACUACCUUAACACCUAUGAAGGAUUAGUUGAACUAGAGUCUUGUCUCCCAGAUUUUGUGACACAACCAAGAAUCAAACCUCCAAAACCAAAAGUCAUUACCACCAAAGUUGGUCUUCUGAAGAAGACAACAAGGAUGGACUAUGAGCUGGCUGAGAUUCAUAAGGCACUCCUGGACAAGAAGAAUAAAGUUCUGGAAGCAAAGAAACCUCUGCGCUUCCUUCAAAGGAAACCCAUCCCUCAGCCUCGGCUUCCAACUCCAACCUUGGAAAUGAGUUCCUAUGAAGAAGAAGAGAUAGAAAUGGCUGUGAUCUGCCUGCAACAGCUGCUUCGAGGCAGAGUCGUUCAGAAUAUGAUGUUUGAAGGGAAAGAAAAGCGGUUGGAGUUGAUCCAGGAGUUGCGUACCAGCCACGCCCUCCAAGAAGACGAUAAGCUGAUGAAAAAAGCCGAAAAGCAAAUGACCCUGGCCUUACAGCGGCAGAGGAACUUGCACGAGCAUAAGGUGUCACUGAUUGAGAACCAUUUGGCUGGCCUGGAGGGAAAGGCUCUGGCAGACAUGUUAGACUUCCUGUCGAAAGAGCUGGUGAGACUGCAGGAGGAGAGGAGGAUCCAUGCCUUUGCCAUGUUGGCUGAGCGCCAGCGGCGGAUGCGAGAGGCAGAAGAGAGUGGUCGGCGUCAGGUGGAACAGAGGCGCCUGCGGGAGGAGGACCAGAUAUUUAAGGAGGUGGUUAAAGUUCACCAGAGUACUGUCACCUCCUAUCUGGAAGACCUAAUACUGAAUACUGAAGAGAAUACUGCAGAAGAACAAGCCAGAGCAGAAAUUGAGAAGGUGGCUGAGGAAAUCAAUGACAUUGCCUACGAAAUGGAAAGCCGUCGAACAUAUCUUCAAUCAGAGGAGAUUGUUGCCGAGUUGGUUUAUAGUUUUCUGAUUCCAGAAGUGCAAAAAGACUCUGUCAAAGAAAAAGUGAGGGCUGCACAGCGGAAGCACAUCCUGGCGGCCCAUGAGAUCAUCCACCAGCACACAGAAGCCAUGGUCUGGCAGAGCGUCACCCAGCAGCUGCAGGAGGAGGGCUCAGUUGCCAAGAAUUCACCCACCAGAGAAACUCGAACUGAAGACGACAGGGAAACGCAAGACAUGGAAAAUGGCUAA